AUCCGACAAAACCAUAAACAAUAACUCGAAUUACUUACAUACUCGAAGAUUAUGCGUACUCGAUUAUUUUGCCGGUUCAGGAACUACCGCUGCCGUGGCUCAAAAAUUAAAGAGAAAGUGGGUUAUAUGA